AGGUUGUGAGUGGCCGCCGGGAGAGGGAAGUCUCGCUUCAUUGGCAGUUGGUUCUGAACAAGAGGUGGGGUUGUCUGGUCCUCCGUGUCGCGUAUAUAAAUGUGGCCGCACACAAACGUGGUGCACUUGGGGACAGUCCAGGUCUAACCGGUGUGACAUCAUGGCAAAGCUCUGGAGUGUUGCUUCUUUCGUGGCACUUGUGCUGCUGGGAUUCCUCUUCAGGACCGAAGCUCAGACUUGGGUAGGAAAACCACAUCUUUAUCCGGGUGUUAAGGGUUACCCAAGUCACGGUCAAAAUCAAGGAGAGGGGGGCCAGGGUCAAGGGGGUCAAGGCCAGGGUCAAGGGCAAGGUCAAGGCCAGGGUCAAGGGCAGGGUCAAGGGCAGGGUCAAGGGGGUCAAGGGCAGGGUCAAGGGGGUCAAGGCCAGGGGCAAAGUCAUGGACAAGGAUAUCCGCAAGGACAUGGACAAGGAUAUUCACCAGGGCAAGGCCAUGGACAAGGACAUUCACAAGGGUAUGGAGGGAGCUAUGGUUAUUACCAAGGGCAAGGAUAUUCACACCAGAUGUACAGUCAAUAUCCACGAUACGAUGACGUCGAAGUUGUCAAACCUGUCGUCCAUCCCGUCAAACCUGUCGUCGAAGUGGUCAAACCCGUCGAAGUGGUCAAACCCGUCGUCAAACCCGUCGAAGUCGUCCAACCCGUUGUCAAACCUGUCGUUGAAAAAAAAUUGGAACUGUCAAGCUUGAAACCUUAUUCCGACCCAAUGCGUUACGAUCAAGCCCGCCAAGACCAGAAGGUGUACGACAGAAAAAACCCCAACCAUCCGCAACCCCACCCACGGAGCUGCGAUGUCCACUUAAGCGCGCGAGUCCCGUGUGGAAACCGUGAUAUCAGCGGGAGUGAUUGUGAGGCCAUUAAUUGCUGCUACGAUGGAGGCCAAUGCUACUUUGGGAACACGGUGACCGUCCAGUGUACCAAGGACGGCCAGUUCAUCGUGGUCGUGUCCAGAGAAUGUACUCUGCCCAACAUCGACCUGGAUACCAUUUCUCUGUUGGGAAACGGUCAAGGCUGCACACACGUGGACUCCAACUCCGUCUUUGCCAUCUAUCAGUUCCCUGUGACCGCCUGUGGCAGCAUGAUUACGGAGGAGCCCGGUAUCAUCGUCUAUGAGAACAGGAUGACCUCCUCGUACGAAGUAGGAGUGGGGCCUCUGGGCGCUAUAACCAGGGACAGCAGCUACGAUUUGCUCUUCCAGUGUCGAUACACCGGCACGUCUGUUGAGACUUUCAUCGUAGAGGUUCAACCGAUUAGUCACCCUGUCAUGGUAUCUGUUUGGGGUCCCAUCCAUGUGGCUCUAAGGUUGGCCAAUGGACAAUGCUUUUCAAAGGGCUGUGUUGAAGAGGACGUGGCCUAUAGUUCUUACUAUAUGGAAGGAGACUAUCCGGUAACCAAAGUCUUGAGGGAUCCUGUGUACGUGGAGGUUCAACUCAUGGAAAGAACCGAUCCCAAACUUGUCCUGUCCCUCGGUCGCUGUUGGACCACCACCAGCGCAAACCCUCACAGUUUGCCCCAGUGGGACAUUCUCAUCGACGGGUGUCCGAACAGGGACGAUCGUUACUUGACUUCUCUGGUUCCAGUCGGUCCGAACUCUGGUCUGGACUUCCCGACCCACUACAGGCGAUUCAUUUUCAAAAUGUUCACCUUUGUGGAUACCAGCUCACUAGAACCGCAGAACCAACAGGUGUACAUCCACUGCAGCACAUCCAUCUGUGACGGUUCAGCCGGCUACUCCUGUGAGCCCUCGUGCUACAGAACAAAGAGACAGGCGCCGGACGACGGCCAGAAGACGGUGGAGUCCAGGCCCGUGGCCACCGUGGGACCCGUGAUCAUGGUGAACCCCCAGGACUGAACGUGGCGGUCGCGACAUUUCGUGAAGGAUUGAAACCGCGUCACGAUUUGUCAUUUUGUGUCCUGACCUCAAGUGGAAUAUCUAUUGGCAGACAGAGGCAGCAAAACGUGCACUGCAGUGAUAAUAAAAUGAAUUCCUCAAAGUCAAA